AUGUCUAAUGUUUAUUUUGAAGAUCUUUUUACUGUCAAAAACGUCGAUCCGGAUGGAAAGAAGUUUGACCGUGUUAGCAGAUUGUUCUGUGACUCCGAAUCGUUUAAAAUGGAUCUGAUUUUGGAUGUCAACACUCAACUAUACCAGCUUGGUAUCAACGACAAGUUUCGUCUUAUGCUGUGCUCGUCAAUGCGCGAUGAUGGUCUUACAGAUGAAGGAGAAUAUGAUAAAACGAUUGAAAACGUCCCUCGUGUUCGUAUGUUUGAAUAUGUAAUGUAUGGAAAAAUCUACAGAAUUGAGGGGGAUGAAUACAACACAGAAACUAGCCGUCUAGCUGCUUAUGUUUCGUUUGGAGGACUUUUAAUGAGAAUUCAAGGAGAGGCAAACAAUUUAAAUGGAUUUGAAGCAGACAAGAAUAUUUAUUUGUUGAUUAAAAAGAUUGAGACAAUUGAAAAAUUACUGAAGGAAAUGAACAAAGGAGUUUGUAGCAAAAAUUUAUUGGAAGAAUGUCCUGAAUUGGGAGAGAAGAUUAUUGAAAAUGAGAAGCUGAAAUACAGAUUAAAUAUUUUGAAAAGGUCGGCUGAACAAAGCAAUGGAGUGGAAGAAAAGAAGGCACCAGAACCUCCUCAAAAAAUUGCAAAAGAAGUUACUAAACAUUUUGAAGUUGUGGAUUAUGGAGAUUCUAUUAUUGAGAAGUUGAACAAUCUUUUUACGAAUGUUAUUAAAAAGUCUUUCCCAAGCUGGUCUCAACCUGUUAAUAUUAAAGAAACCUUCAAUCCAAAAUAUGGCGAUUAUCAGUUUGACUCCUGUUUUCAAAUUUCUCGUCAUUUAAUUACUGAAAAGAAAAUGAAAACUUCUCCAAAAGAUAUUGCAGCAGAAAUUAUUAUUAAUUUGGAGAUGAUUCCUUUGGUUGAAAAGUAUGACAACGUUAAUGGUUACAUAAACAUCUUUUUGAACACCAAACAUUUGGGAAAGAAAAUAGGAGAGGCUUGUGCUAAGGGUGUUUCAAUCCCAAAAAUUUCAAAAAGGCAUGUGGUUGUUGAUUAUUCUUCUCCAAAUAUUGCAAAACAAAUGCAUGUUGGCCAUCUUCGUUCAACUAUAAUUGGGGAUUCUAUUGCUCGUUUACUUGAAUUUAUUGGAUUUUCGAUUGUGCGUAUUAAUCAUAUAGGUGAUUGGGGAACCCAAUUUGGAAUGCUUAUUGCUUAUUUACGUGAACGUUUUCCAAAUUAUUUGACUGAAAAGCCUAAAAUUGAAGAUCUUCAAACUUUUUAUAAGGAAUCUAAAACAAAAUUUGAUGAAGAUGGAGAUUUUAAAUCUCGUGCUUAUCAAUGCGUGGUCAAACUACAAAAUGGUGAAAAAGAAUUUAUUGAUGCGUGGAAUAUGAUUUGUGAUAUUAGUCGAAAAGAAUUUGAGAAUAUUUACAAACGUUUGGAUGUUUUAAAUUUGGUAGAAAGAGGAGAAUCCUUUUACCAAUCAAGAAUGUUAUCUUUAGUCAAAGAAUUAGACAAUGAAGGGAUUUUAAAAGAAGAAGAUGGACGAAAAUUAAUGUUUAUCGAUGGAUGUAAUAUUCCUUUAACUGUUGUUAAAAGUGAUGGAGGAUUUACUUAUGAUACAAGUGACCUGGCUACAAUAAAGCAAAGAUUAUUUGAAGAAAAGGCUGAUUGGAUUUUGUAUAUUGUUGAUAGAGGACAGUCUGAACAUUUGGAGACGAUUUAUGCAGCUGCUCAAAAAUUAAAUUGGUAUGAUCCUAAUGAGAAGAGAGUUGAACAUGUGCAAUUUGGACUUGUUUUGGGAGAAGACAAAAAGAAAUUCAAAACUCGAUCUGGCGAUACAGUCAAACUUUUGGAUUUGUUGGAUGAAGGUGUUAGAAGAGCUGAGGAGAAAUUACGAUCGAGGGAAACGAAUUUUGAAUCUGAUGAACAAUUAAUUGAAGCAGCAGAAUCUUUAGCUUAUGGAUGUAUUAAAUACGCUGAUUUGUCUCAAUCAAGAAUUGCUGAUUAUGUUUUUUCUUUUGAUAGGAUGCUUGAUGAUCGUGGAAAUACAGCAGUUUAUCUUCUUUAUGCUUAUACACGUAUAAGAGCAAUAGCCAGAAAUGCCAAAGUUGAACGAACUACAAUUAACAAUUAUUUGGCUCAACUUGAAGAUGGUAUUCCUUUAGAACAUCCAAGAGAAAUCCGAUUGGCUAAACAAAUUCUAAAGUUCUCGGAUUGUAUAUUAAACACAGUUACAACUCUACAUAUUAGCAAAAUUUGUGAUUAUGUGUAUGAAUUGGCAACACUUUUUCACGACUUUUAUAAAGAAUGCUACGUUAUUAACAAAACAAAUACUGAAGAUGGGACAGAGCAAAUCAACAUUAAUUACAAUCGACUUGUUUUAUGCGAAGUUGUUGCAGAUGUUAUGCAACAAUGCUUCUCAAUAUUAGGAAUUAAACCAAUUGAUAGGAUGUGA